AUGGUGCCCGCGCGCUGCCCGGGACCCUGUGCCAUGCUGGCUCUGACCCUCCUGUUGGGAUGCGGCGUGGCUUUUUGCCUCGGCCAGAACGACACGGAGCCCAUCGUGCUCGAAGGGAAGUGUCUUGUGGUUUGCGACUCGAACCCCUCUUCGGACGGAGGGGUCACCUCCUCACUUGGCAUAUCAGUCCGCUCCGCUGGAGCAAAGGUGGCUUUCUCCGCCGUGCGUGGAACCAACCACGAGCCGUCAGAGAUGAGCAACACGUCUAUGACCAUCUAUUUUGACCAGGUUUUAGUGAACAUCGGCAACCAUUUCGAUCUCAAAGCAAGUGUUUUCCAGGCUCCAAGGAGGGGGAUAUAUAGUUUCAGCUUUCACGUGGUGAAGGUCUACAACAGACAAACCAUACAGGUCAACCUGAUGCAGAAUGAUUAUCCGGUUAUAUCAGCGUUCGCCGGUGACCAGGACGUAACGAGAGAGGCGGCCAGCAACGGAGUACUUCUGAUGGUUGAGCGGGACGACCGGGUCUAUCUGAAGCUGGAACGGGGCACCUUGAUGGGCGGAUGGAAAUACUCCACCUUCUCAGGCUUUCUAGUCUUUCCUCUAUAAUCUAAUCUGCGAUGAUCCACGUCG